AGAAGAGAGAGUCUCCCUGGGGAAGGAACCUGAGUAUAUUCACGCUGGAGGAAACUGAAUGCCAAGCCCAUCUUACUGUGGGCAAGAGGAUCUUUUGGUUUCUAAAAUGAAAGGAAAAACGACAGCAAUAGACCACAGAAUAGCCUCUGACCUGGGCAGACACUUGCAGGCCAAAGUUAGCGCCAAGGCUCUUCCUUGUAUUGUAAAACCAACCCCCCGUUGGCUGAAUAGCAACAUUUCGGACAGUCAGAGUCCUGUCUCGCUCCUUAGAGAUCCCAAAGUUUAAUAGUUUGUGGGAUUCCACGCAGGGCUUUUAAGCUCCAGAGAACACCUCCCCAGCAAGGGAUCUUUGCUGAAUAAACAAGAGGAGGAAAAAUUCUGCAAGUGUACAUGGGGCCCAAAGCCAGGGAGCGGAUUGUACAUGCAGCGAGAUACUUGCAAACAGGUGAAGAUUAUCUUCAGAGCAGCGAGCAAAGGGAUUGUGUGCAUCUAGAAGGGUGGCUAUUGGGCCAGGACCAGUUGCUAUCCAUUGGCGUUUUAGCAAUGAAAUAAGAAUAGCUACAAUAACACGGGGGCAUUUAAAUACACCCCCCCCCACCUACUGUUAAACCUCGUCCUAGCCUAGGUAACAGCUGCAGAGUGAUGCUUGCUGACUAAGGAAAGGGGUUAAAAUCUUCCCUUUAAUCAAGCAAGUAUUUAGGAGUUUUCCCCCUCCAGGAUCAUCAUCUGCAACGGGAGCCCAGUCUCAUGGUGAAAGCCACUAAGAGGAGAUUUACACUGGGAAAGUGCCUCCUUCUUCUGAGAUCCAGGGUGCAAUUUGGCAAGAAAUUCUUGCUGCCCACACAUACACACAAAAAGUCACAAUAAUAAAUAAUAAAUAAUAAGCGGGAUGAAGGGGUUUUCAUGUCAUCCCUUUAAAAUAAAAGGUCCUCCUUUUAUUCUUAGGCCGCAAAAAGCGCUUUAAGAGGAUGCUCUCAAAGCUUUGGGCUCUGGGAUCCCAAGGAAAAGGUGGGGGGCGGGCAGCACCUCCGGGUAGCAAGCAGGAAGGGGAGAAGGAGGGGAGACAGGCAGGGAGAGCGCCGAGCCUACUAAAGAGUUAAAGGGAGGGGACGUGGGCUGUCACGCGUCAUUGGGCAGAUUAUGUGCAGCAAACAAAAAGUGUGCGUUUGUGUGCCAGUCAGUCACUGCAUCGGGUCCAUCUGCACAACUCGCUCCGGCUCGCCCCCCUCUCUCUCUCUCUCUCUCUCUCUCUCUCUCUCUCGCUUUCUCUUUCUGUCUCUCCUUCCACCUCUUUGCACAGAGCACCCAGGACAGCAGCCCUACCCUCUCCCACUGCCAUGGAAAUAUACUGAUACAAUAGACACUGGGGGGGGGGACGCGGAGAGCAGCCCAUCCUUGGCCACUUUCGGGUUUCCUGGCGUCUGGGAUUAUAUUCUGACCUGAUUCCUGGAAUGGAGGAGACCGGCGUUCAAAGGGGUAUAUGGGAUGGAGACGCCAAGGCAGUCCAGCAAUGUUUGACGGAUAUUUUCACCAGCGUUUACACCACCUGCGAUAUCCCGGAAAAUGCGAUCUUCGGCCCUUGUGUACUGAGCCACACUUCUCUGUAUGACAGCAUCGCUUUCAUAGCGCUUAAAUCCACUGACAAGAGAACCGUCCCUUAUAUAUUCCGGGUGGACACUUCAGCAGCAAAUGGCUCCUCCGAAGGUCUAAUGUGGCUCCGUCUGGUCCAGUCAGCCAGAGAUAAAGAAGAACAGAACCUAGAAGCUUACAUCAAAAAUGGACAAUUGUUUUAUCGGUCCCUUCGCAGGAUCGCCAAAGACGAGGAGUUAUUAGUUUGGUAUGGGAAAGAACUGACGGAAUUACUGUUGCUCAGCACCGCCAGAUCCCACAGCAAGAUGAACGGGUCGGCCCCGCACACCUGCCUAGAGUGCAGCCAGCGUUUCCAGUUCGAGUUCCCCUACGCGGCCCACCUGCGGUUCCGCUGCCCCAAGAGGCUGCCCAGCUCGGAGCCCAGCCCCGCCGAGGAGCCGCGCGGCAAGGACAGCGCCAAGGAGCCGGCGGCCAGCCUGGGGCCCGGAGCCAACAAAUACUGCAAGCCCGGCGGGCCGCUCCGCGGGCACUACCCGGGCCCCGGCCAGGACAGCGGCAACGCCAAACCCUCCACGGACUUCCACAACCUGGCCCGCGAGCUGGAGAACUCCCGGGCGGGCGGCAGCUCCCCCAGCCGGGGCGCGGGCGGCAAAGCCAAGCGCAGGUACCCGGAGGAGCCGGGCGAGGAGCGGGGCCAGGGGGCCGGCAGGGGGCGCUUGCCCUCCUCCCCCAAGGAGGAGCUGGUGUGCACCCCGCAGCAGCAGUACCGGCCGGCGGGCAGCUACUUCGGCCUGGAGGAGAGCGGCCGCCUCUUCGGGCCGCCCAGCCCGGAGACGGGCGAGGCCAAGCGCAGCGCCUUCGUGGAGGUGAAGAAAGCCUCGCGCGGGCUGGAGGCCGAGAAGGCGGCGGAGGAGGCGGAGCAGCAGCAGCAGCAGCAGCAGCAGCAGCGCGCCUCGCCCGCCGGCGCCGGGGACUCGCUGCUGGGCGCCCGGCCGGGCGGGCCGCUCUCCGGGGGCAGCCCGGCGCGGGGCAGCGCCUUCACCACGGUGCCGCAGCUGGGCGGCAAGGCGGAGGAGCGGAAAAGCGCCUUCUCCCAGCCCGCCCGCUCCGCCUUCCCGCCGCACGUGGCGCCGCUGGGGCUGGCCCAGAAGCUGGGCGGCCUGGGCGAGCCCUGCCCGGAGGCCGCCGCCCGCCUCUACCCGGCCGAUCCGCUGGCCGCCAAGCUGCCCGGCGCCGCCGAGCUGCCCGGCGCCGGCGGGGCGCCCAAGCAGAGCCCCUUCCUCUACGCCACCGCCUUCUGGCCCAAGAGCUCGGUGGCGGCGGCGGCGGCCGGGCCGCUCCAGCUGCAGCUGCCCUCGGCCCUGACCCUGCUGCCGCCCUCCUUCACCUCGCUGUGCCUGCCGGCCCAGAACUGGUGCGCCAAGUGCAACGCCUCCUUCCGCAUGACCUCCGACCUGGUGUACCACAUGCGCUCGCACCACAAGAAGGAGUACGCCCUGGAGCCGCUGGUCAAGCGCCGCCGCGAGGAGAAACUCAAGUGCCCCAUCUGCAACGAGUCCUUCCGCGAGCGCCACCACCUCUCCCGGCACAUGACCUCCCACAACUGAGCGGGGCCCUCCGCCCGGUACCGGGACAGAGCCACACACGCCCUCCCAGCAGCCAAACGCCCCCGGCCGCCUCUGCCAUCUCCAGGCCGCUCACAGCAGGGGGGGGGGUUGGUCCGCCCCACCCCCGCCUACGUUUUCCAAGCUAAUUUGGGGUGUUUCAGAGACCAGGUGGGUGAGGUGCUAGCUUUGAUCUGCUGGUGAGAGAGAGAAGCUUUCCAGCUUACCUAGGGCGACCACAUAGAGAGUGUGAAAAAUCGAGACUGGGUGGGGGGAAAUAGGCUCCUAUACAAGAAGAAGCCCCGAAUAUGGGGACUGUCCCUAAAAAAUCCGGACAUCUGGUCACCCUAAGCUCACCAGGAGCUCUUCUUCAGGUUUUUGGGGAUUUUGUUUUUGUUUUUAGCAACCCACCUGAGAUACCAAGGUCAGAUCCCCACUUUCCAAAAUUAGCCCGCAUUCAUUGUCUUUGAUGGCGCUAUGGUAAUUUAUAUCAGCGAAGGAUCUAUCUGGCCCUUGAUUUUCAGAAGGCAGGUACCUAGCACUUUCUGAUCAUCAGGCCUCUUGAAGGUGUCUCCUUUUGAACAAACACCCCAAAUCAUUAGUCACUUUUGAAAGUGUAGGCCUUUACCUUGCAGCAUACCAGACCAAGAGGGGGAAGGGUUGGAUUUUUUUUCUCUUUUUUCUAUUCGAAUGCACGCAUUUUCACUUUCCCCCAAAAUAAAUAAAAAUAAAAAAAACUUUAAAACUAAUAAAGUACAUUUUUUAAAAUGUCAUAUAUUGCAACAUAUUGAUGCAUUUGUCAUACCUUUCUACUUAAAUUAUUAAGCACUUAUGGUUUAGAUUUAAUAAUUAUAUGUAAGGGUAAAUUUUUAUUUUAGAUAUAAAGUUUUAAAAAAAGGAAGGAGGAUUCAAUGCUUUCUGCAUUUGAUGACAGUUUGUGUUCUUUCAAAAAAAAAAAAAAAAAGGACUCUAUUUAAGUUUCCAAGGGAGAAGUGCAUGUAUCAUGAAAUGAUUAUGGACUUCAGUGCAGAAUGUCCUCAAUUCUGUAAAUAUGUAUUUCCUUUUAAUACAAAGUGUAAUUCUGUGCCAGUGAAAUGAAGUCUGCAUAGUUAUGUGUUUCUUUUUUUCCCUUAAAAAGAUUUUAUUCAACUUUAUAGUUUAUCUGCGUA